AUGAUUUUAGACAUUGUGGAUCCGUAUCUUUACCCUUUCAAUUUUGCACAAACGAAAACCCUGAGAGACGGUACUCUGACUUCAAAUGAUUGUAUCCCAAGGUACGGCGAGGGUGAGGCGGUGAAAAGGCCAUCGGAUGAGGACUGCGUCCAAAAAGGACGUCCAAAAUAUCCCAACGAUCAUGCUUGGUCAAACCGCUUUCAAUGGCUACCUUUCGAUGUUCAAUUUGAAGAUAGAGGUGCAAGCGCUUCACGUAUCAUUAGCUAUAUCAACAACGUCCACCCUUGUACUCAUCGGUCACUAUACCACGUCACAGAAAACCUCAUUGAUUCGUUCCUCCCUCUGUUCAACUACACACUUAUCGAUCUCAAAGCUUCUGGAUGGCAGAACCAACGCAUGCACCUCGCAGUGCUUGGACGGGAUCCCAUGAUCCAGCGUGAACCGGAUCCUUUCCGUCCCCCAGAACAACGAGCUCUUGAUUGGCUUGACCGUCAAGGACGAUAUCAAGACGUCAUAUUUGUGGAUCUGAAGAAGGAAUUCUGGAACGUUGGUGUCCAGAUGGUUCUUCAGCUUCAAGACAUUAACCUCACGCCGGAGGAACCAGGUUAUGAGGGUGAGCCGUGGCAUGUUCAGGGCCAGAACAAUGAGCGAAUAUGUGCUACUGCGCAUUACGUCUACUCGACGAGCAAUCUCUCAUCCUCCGCUCCGCCAACCAUGUCGUUCCGUCGACGCAUCAAUCCCGAAGAGGCCGGCCUCGCCAGAGGUUACGUUUUCUCUCCGCCCUAUGCACCUGAGAUCUACGGCGCCGAAGACGGCGACGCCGCGAUCCAGCAUAUAGGUGACGUGAAACUAAGAGAAGGAAGGACAGUCGUGCACCCGAAUAUCUUCCAAACCCGACUGAACAAAUUCAGCCUCGCCGAUGCUUCGAAACCGGGCCAUUGUCGGCUGUUGACUCUCCACCUUCUCGAUCCCAACAGAAGGAACAUGAGCACCGCGAUGGUACCAUGCCAGCGCCGUGACUGGUGGGCACGGGAGAUACGUCAACGCAGUCCUAGGAUGAGGCGAUUACCGACGGAGGUUUUCGACAACAUCAUCGGCAUGGUUGACGGGGAUCCCAUUUCUACGGAAGAGGCCGAGAAGCUCCGAAGGGAGUUUUGGGAGGAGAGGGAGGAAUAUCGCAAACAGCACACGAAGUCGAUGGAGGCGUAUUUGGGGUGGGAUUUACGGGGCUUUGAUGACGACUGGGUACAUUUAUAA